AUGGAGGCCUUUGUGAAGGAACGUGAUUUCCUGAAAUGUGUACUGGAUCUGUGUGAUCCAACUGGACAUAUUUCAAUCCAUUCUGGGAUCGUAUGCAGCAGCUCUUCGGAUAAUGCUUUACCGAUGGAAGAGAUGAAACUACAACUCUCCGUCAUGGACAGGACUCUAAACUACCUAUCCCAAGUGACCCUACCGCUACUCCCCUACACAAUACGUGGUAACAGGCAUCCAAACUUAACGGUGAACUUUAAUCAGUCCGUGCGGCGUUGCAGGCAGAUAGAGACGAUGAGUUACCUUGGGUAG